UAUUGAGUACCGUAUUGCAUUUUCAAGUUAAAAAUUUGGUAAAUAAUAAUUAUGUUUUACGUUUUAUUAUCACUUGUAUUAAAUAUACUUUAAAGUUUGUCUUUGAUGAAAUGAUUAAAUGCUAUAAACAGUUCAAGUGUUACGGAAAAACCUUCUCUUUUUGAGAUAAGAUCAAUAACACUACCAAAAACAUGGGCAAAGAACCAAGUAAUGACUUUGAAAAAUCUGCUAACGGUGCUACACAAGAUGAUGAAAAUAAAAAGAAAAAGAAGAGCAAGAAACAUAAAAAGUUGAAGAGGGGCAAUGACGAUGACAAAAGGGAACACAAGAAAAGGAAAAAAUCAAAAAAGGAAAAGUACAAAAGCCCCAAGUCCGAGAGUGAAACAUCUUUGUCUGAUAUAGAGGAACUAUUAAAAAAAUCAAGACAAUGUAAAUCUCUCACUUCAGGUUCAGUCGCAGAUUCCGUUGAUUUUGAUUCAAGUAAAUCAAAAGUUAAGAAAAAUAAAAACGGCAGUGCCGCAGUAAAAUCCCGUAGCAGUAGCAGAAACAAUGAACGCGACAAGAACGUGGAAGCCUUGGAAAUAAUAUCAUCUAACUCUGAAGCAGAGAACUAUCAAGAAGAUUGUGCCAGUCCCGAACUAACUAUGAUCGAAGAUGAUCUUAAUCUCGAAGAAUUAAUGAAACAAAAAGAGUUACUACAAGCUCGUCUCGUCGCUUACUUCUCCGAGUCCGACGGCGAGAGUAUAGACAAAGAAAACGACGUCGUGUGCUUAAACGACGAGAAGACGACCCAUCGAAAAAAAGACACGAGUGAGAGAUCCACAAAACACAGUAAAGGUUCGAAACAUGAUUCGAGUAGGGAGAAACUUGGGGAGAGGGAAAAGUCAAAAACAAAGCGUAACGAGGAAGAUUUAAGAGCUAUUAUUAAUAGAGAAAGUAGAAAAGAAUUUGACAGAAAAAUGGAGGAAAGAGAGUAUCGGGAGAGAAAAGAUCGCGAACGCCGUCGGCUAGAAGCCGAAAAGGAGCGUGAACGUGAACGAGACAGGGAGAGGGAACGGGAGAAGGAGAGAGAGCGCGAACGUGAGAGGGAGUGGGAGAGAAGGAGGGAAAGAGAGAAAGAGAGGGAAAGGGACAGGGACAGAGAACGGGAUCGGGACCGGAGAUCUUCGGAACUGAGGCGUCGUGAUCGCGACUCGGUGCGUCGCCGGUCGAGGGAGCGAUCUCCUCUGUCUCGUGAUCGAAGACAUGGGGACCGGGAUAGGAGAUCAGCUGACAGGAGCAGGGACAGCCAUCGCGGCAGGUCACGGGAUAGGAAACACAGAAGUGAUAAGAAUGAUAAGCGAAAGGAUUCUACCAAUGAAGUGGCACAGAUAGUAGCGAGCUCGAGUGACGAAGAGUUGGAUAUAUCCAUCAAUACCGAUGAUGAAGAGGAAACUGAAGAACAAAUCAUUGAAAAGAGAAGGAAGCAAAGGGAGCAACUGUUAAAACGACUCGGGUGCAAUAACACAAUCAAUAGUGAAACACAACCUACAGAACCAAAAGAUAGCCUAUCACCGAAAUCCCCACCGGCUCGCAAAAAUGAAGAAAUCAUAGACACAGAAACAAAACAUAAAGAAAAAGAAACUACCACAGUAUAUACUACGAAAAGUGAGAAAAAUGAGUACAAGACUGAAGCAAAAUCACAAGCGAAAACCACAGAUGAUUUAAAAACACAGAAGACGGAGAGAUCUUUAAGGACCAAUGAAUGGGACAUGUUUGCGGACCAGGAUAACUUUGAAAAUGCUGACACUCCUACCACAGCUAACUACCGCAGUAGAAAUGCAUUGGAGAAUCCGUCGCUUACAGAUAACUGGGAUGAUGCGGAAGGCUACUACAGAGUGCGUAUCGGCGAGACAUUGGACAAUCGAUACACGGUGUACGGUUACACUGGUCAGGGUGUGUUCUCCAACGUGGUUCGGGCGCGCGACCAGGCGCGAGGGAACACUGACGUCGCCGUCAAGAUCAUACGUAACAACGAGAUUAUGCAUAAAACGGGUCUACGCGAGCUAGAGAUACUCAAACGACUGAACGACGCUGAUCCCGACGACAAAUACCACUGUCUACGAUUGUUCCGCCAUUUCUUCCACAAGAGACAUCUGUGUAUGGUUUUAGAACCAUUGUCCAUGAAUUUACGGGAAGUACUCAAGAAGUACGGCAAGAACAGUGGCAUACACAUAAAGGCCGUUAGAAGCUAUACGCAGCAAAUACUGCUGGCGCUGAAAUUGCUCAAGAAAACUGGCAUUCUGCAUGCCGAUAUAAAACCUGACAAUAUACUAGUCAAUGACAGUAAGUUGAUGUUGAAGCUGUGUGAUUUUGGUUCAGCAACACUAGUGUCUGACUGUGAAAUCACACCAUACCUCGUCUCGAGAUUUUACAGAGCUCCAGAGAUUAUAUUGGGUGUUUCCUAUGACCACGGCAUAGAUAUGUGGUCUACAGCCUGCACUAUAUACGAGUUGUCCACAGGGAAAAUUAUGUUCAGCGGCAAAUCUAACAAUGAAAUGUUAAAAUACUUUAUGGAUUUAAAAGGAAAGAUACCAAAUAAGAUUAUAAAGAAGGGCCACCUCAAAGAGCAACAUUUUGAUGCCAAUUGCAACUUUUUGUACCACGAGCUAGACAAGAUUACGGAACGGGAAAAAGUGGUCGUCAUGUCCAGCAUUAAGCCCAUACGCGACUUGCAGACGGAGCUGGCGCCGGCACAUCACAGGCUGCCAGCUACCGAGGCUAAGAAAAUGAACCAGUUGAAGGACUUGCUAGAGAGAAUGCUGAUGCUCGACCCCGCGAAACGCGCCUCCGUCAACCACUGCCUAGCCCAUCCCUUUAUACAAGAAAAAAUAUAAACUUUUUUUAAUAGGACAAUAUAUAGCACCGGACAAUAAAACAAGGGCUAUGAACGUAGGAGUAUAAGCUGGAUCCAACAAAGCCCCACAGAAUUUCGGUGAAAAUAACAGUUUUUUUUUCUAUGAGAUGAUCGAGAUGAGUUCUAAGAGUGAGAGUGAAGACUCAAGGGCCAAUAAACCAAGAAGGCUAGUGCGCUACGCCAUAGGUUACAAUCGUAACAUCUGUGAUGAUGUAACUUGCUAAGGUCGGCGGUAAUCGCUUACCAGCAGGCGAUCUGUCGUACCCUGGUCCAUUUCAUCAAAAAGUGUAAAUUCAUAAUGUAAAAUCUUUUAUCCUGUUCAAUUAAGUUUUAGAUAAUCGCGUAGUGUUCUUUAAAGUUUUCAUUAGAUGUUAAAAAAAUAAAUUUUAUACUGUAUUUUGAAAUGAGACUUUUGUGUAUAUACUUAGACAUUGCAUUUAUAUAAAUGUA